AUGAGUGAAUUUCAAACCAGCUUCAUCUUUAUUAACUCUAAUAAUCCGAUGGUUCCAAAUCAAGUAGUUGACGACGUUCAACCAACUAUUAAACUUUUAUUCCCCCCCAUGAUCGAUCCACGUGAUUUAAUUACUUUAAACCCUGAUGGUCGUGAACCGUCUAGAGCUCCAAAUGCUUUUAUUAUCUAUCGAAAAUUAUUUAUCAAGACGACGAAAGAUGAAGGUUACUCUCUUCCAAUGACUAUAAUUUCUUCUAUGGCAUCAAAAUCCUGGGAGAAAGAACCUGAAAUAGUUAAAAAAGAAUAUAAAAGAAUUGCACGAGAAGCAUUUUUAUAUCGAAGCAAGAUCUGCCCAAAGCCUAAACGCGAAGGAAAAAGGAAACAAUGGAAUAUUAUUUCAUUUACUCAACCUAACGAAAAAUUACCAAGAAAGACAAAAUCCCCCAAAUCGGCCAUGACUUUGGAAUCCCGACAGUUAUCGCUCACUUCGAUCUCCUUUCUAACUUCGGAAAGCUGA